AUCUGUGUGUGUCUAACUCUGCCUUUCAAUUAAAUAAUUAAAUAAAUGUUUUUAAAACAAAGAAACGGAAAUAGAACUUUUUUGUUUUCACAGCCUUCAGGCAUGUUUAGCAUAUUAAGCAGGUUCCAAAGAGAAAAGUUAGUAGGUCUAAUCCACAAUAUGAUGAGUAAUCUUGGCCUUGUGGGUACUUUACAAGACUCUAAGAGCCGGAAGAUUCUAAUGGCUGGGUUACACCUCCUGUUGAGGACUGCUGCUUCUGAAAAUCAGAUUCUGAUCAUUUUAUUUGUAUGUCAUCACUGUCAAGUGUGUUGUUUUUAUCACUGUUUUCCCACAUGCUUUCUGUGAAAUAUAAAUAAGAGCCUCCAACCGAAGGAAACGAAAAGCUAAAGAAUGCUGCCUCUGUUUCUUACAGAUCUGGGAACCCUUGUGGGAACCAGCUUCGGUUGCCUAACACCCACUACAGGAUCAGAGCAGCAGGCGGUGGGAAAUCCUGGUCUCAUGCUCCUCGACCCCUGGAUCUGAUAGGGCAGGCAGGUGAUGUGACUGCCUGCCCUCAGCUGGGUGCCUGGAGCCAUGGCCGACACCAUCUUCGGUAGUGGCAAUGACCAAUGGGUUUGCCCCAACGACCGACAGCUCGCUCUCCGGGCCAAGCUGCAGACAGGCUGGUCUGUGCACACCUACCAGACGGAGAAGCAGCGGAGGAGCCAGAGCCUGAGCCCCGCGGAGAUCGAGGCUGUCCUGCAGGUCAUCCGGAGAGCUGAGCGCCUUGACGUCUUGGAGCAGCAGAGAGUCGGGCGGCUGGUGGAGCGGCUGGAGACGAUGCAGCGGAACGUGAUGGGGAACGGCCUGUCCCAGUGCCUGCUCUGCGGGGAGGUGCUGGGCUUCCUGGGCAGCUCCUCGGUGUUCUGCAGGGACUGCCAGAAGAAAGUCUGCACCAAAUGUGGGAUCGAGGCCUCUCCUGGCCAGAAGCGGCCCCUGUGGUUGUGCAAGAUCUGCAGUGAGCAGAGAGAGGUCUGGAAGAGGUCAGGGGCCUGGUUCUACAAAGGGCUGCCCAAAUACAUCUUGCCUCUGAAGACUCCUGGCCGUGCGGAUGACCCCCACUUCCGCCCUUUGCCUGUGGAGCCGGCGGAGCCAGAGCCUAGAAGCAUGGAGAACCCCCGCGUCUACACAUGGGCCCGAGGGAGAGUGGUCUCCAGUGACAGUGACAGUGAUUCUGACGACAUCAGUUCCUCCAGCCAGGAGGGCAGAUUCCCACGCUCUGGGGUCAAGGACUUGAAAGGAGACAGCUCUGGAGGGAAAUCAGGGGCCAGCUUGGACUCUCCCAGGAUGGAACUCGCCCAUGCCCCCAGCCACCUCUCGGGCAGCCAGAGCAGCCUGGCCAGUGAGACCGGGUCGAGUGUCAUGGACCCUCAGGCGGGUGCUCCAACCCAAGCUGACCCACGGGGCACUGGCAAGAGGCACACCUGGGCCACCCCCCGCUGCUGAUGUGGACCCCAAGAUCCCUUCGGCCUGCCCUGGGCCAGGUGCGGCCUGGUGCGCCAAGCAGACUUGCCAGUGGAACUUAAGAAAAAGGGAGAAAAGCGAGAGCCCUCACCGGCAGCCCCUUGGGCUGCGACCUACUGACUGCGGAAACCAGCAUUUGGGGGAUGAAGCUGUGCCCCCUCCUAGUGCCUUUACGCACCCCUUCCCUGCUGACCACGCCUCUCGGCCACUGCCUUUA